UAGAGGCGGCGAGUGGGCUGGGCUUCUGUGGACGCGCGGCCUCGGGUCCGCGCGCUCUGCGGUGGCUCCCCGAGGUGGAGAAGCGACAAGGGGGCUCGGGCGCCCACCUGAUCCCCCAUGCACGGAAAUCUCUCCAGCGCCCACGCUGUGACUCCUGCAGCUGACCGGCACAUGGACAUGGAACCAGCUCCAGGACGAUGUUCAGGGGGCUGGUGCCUGCCCGGCGCAGGAAGCCACUGGGAGGCCACUGGCUGUUGACAGGACAGCCGCUGUGAUACAGCUUCUUCGCAGAAUCCACAAAUUCAGAAGUCAUUAAUUUUGAAGGAAAUGAAACGAAGUAGCACCAAAAUGCAUGAAGCCACAGUCAACAGCACAAAAUCCUGCAGCACCAAGGCCAGGGAUUUAAUGCACAAAAUGGCAAAUGUAACAGAUUGGCAUAUUUCGUAUCCUUACACACGGAAGUUCAUGAAUUUAAGACCUCACUCUUCACCAUGUAGAGUGUAUUCAAGGAACGGUUUCCAAAAUAUGCUUAGACCUUUCUCUUCGGCCACAGCUAUUGCAAAUCCAAUACUGUCCUUCUUAGAUGUUAAACGGAUUUUGUUUCAAAAAAUCACCGAUAAAGGAGAUGAGUUGAAAAAAGCCUUUGAGCUGCUCGACACCAGUCACAGCAUGACGGUGUCAAAGAAUGAACUGAGAAGAAUUAUCACAACCUUCCUGAUGCCUCUCACUAGAGAGCAGUUUCAGGAUGUCCUGGCUCAGGUCCCCCUCACCAGCUCUGGUGCCAUCCCGUAUCUUGAAUUCCUGUCCCGGUUUGGUGACAUGGACCUAAAUAUAAAUGUUAUAAAGAAAGGAGGUGAGAAUGAAGUGAGUCACAGUCGGACAGUGAAAGAACUUGAGACCCAAAUAGGAGCAAAGAUUUUCAAAAACAUUAAAACUGUUAUCAAAGCCUUGAAGCUCAUUGAUGUUAACAAGACUGGUCUGAUCCAGCCUUGUGAGCUGAGGAAAGUUCUGGAGACCUUCUGUUUGAAGAUGAAAAGUGACGAAUACAGAAAGUUUGCACAACAUUACAACAUUGAUAAGGACACCGCAGUGGAUUAUAACGUUUUUUUGAGGAACCUCAGUAUGAAUAACGACUUGAAUCUUCGGUAUUCUGGGGGAAGUCAAGAGAUCUCAUGGAACAAUCAGCCAGUCAAGAAUUCCAAAGAGGAGUGCCUGCACAGCUCUGCUUCCUCGGAAAAUGUCUGGAAAAACCGGUCCUUAGACGAAAUUGAGAGGACCUUUUGCCAAGAGCUUCCCAAGGCUUAUGAAAAGGUUGAAAAGGCCCUGAGUGCUGGGGACCCCUCCAAAAGUGGAUAUGUAUCUUUGAAUUACCUAAAGAUUGUUCUCGACACCUUUGUGUACCGAUUACCAAGGAGAAUUUUUAUCCAGUUAAUGAAAAGAUUUGGACUUAAAACCACUAGCAAAAUCAAUUGGAAACAAUUUCUAACAUCGCUUUAUGAGUCCCAGUGGAUGGAAGUCAACAGUACAGUUCCCCUGACAAAAAGAAAUAGCAUCACCUCUGGAAAUCAAUCUUGCAAGGAAGACAUUGUCACAAAGUUGUCUAGACACGAGGAUCACUGUACAUCGUUGAAGAAAGCACUCCUGAUGGCCAACACCAAACCCGAUGGACGGAUAAUCGGGGAAGAAUUGCGACGUCUUCUAAAUUGCAUGGUUGUAAAAAUCAGUGAUUCAGAAUUCAAAGAACUGAUGCAAACGCUUGACCCUGGGCACACUGGAUGGGUAAAUAUCCACACGCUUAUCGAACUGCUUGAAGAGAGCUCUAAGAUACGAAAACUCUCCGCCUGCACAGACACCACGGCACCUCUUCUCCCGGCUUGGGAUUCAGUGGAAAAAAUUGUUCAGGACUCGAUUACUAGGAAUCUCCAAGCCUUCUGCAGAAUGCUGCAGUCCUAUGACCUCAGAGAUACGGGGCUCAUUGGUCGAAAUAAUUUCAAGAAAAUCAUGCGCAUUUUCUGCCCGUUUUUAACGAUUGAACAUUUACUGAAACUCUGCAAUAAGUUUCAGGAUACCGCUUCGGGAAGAAUCCUUUACAAGAAAUUUUUGGAAUGCAUGGGAAUUAGUGGCCCUCCCGCCGUUUCUCCAGUUCUUGGCCCAAAGGAUCAGCUGUUAAGUGAACAUUUUCAAAAAGAGGAGGAGCAGGAGCUGGAGGUUUCGGAGAGAACCAAGCCCGCUGAGGACAGAAGCACCCUGACCAAGAGUAGAACCAAGGAUGAAGUCAUUGAAAACCUCAAAAACCAUAAACAGCAGCAGGACCCAGCCUUCGGAAAACUAUUUCUUGACCUCAGCAAAGAACCUAAUGGCAAAAUUAAUGUGCGUGACUUCAAGAAGGUGCUGGAUGCUAGCGGAAUGCCUGUGGAUGACGACCAGCUCGCUCGGCUGACUGCAAAAAUUGGAUAUGAGAAAGACGGGAUGAGUUACCUUGAUUUUGCCGCAGGAUUUGAAGAUGCUAAAAUGAAUGGGCCAGAAUCGACCCCACUGCAACCUCCAGUUCUUUCAAAGAAUAAUUUAGACAGCGACUUUAUAACUGCUGAAGAAUGCCUGAAGCAGUUCCCCCAGAGACUGAAGGAAGCCUUCCGGGACCCCUACUCUGCCUUCUUUAAAAUAGACAGUGACAGGGACGGCAUAAUCAACAUGCAUGACCUUCGCAGAUUGCUGCUGCACUUACUGUUCAAUCUUAAAGACGAAGACUUUGAGCGUUUCCUGGGCCUUCUUGGCUUGAGACUCGGCGUCACUCUAAAUUAUCGGGAAUUUCGAAAUCUGUGUGAGAAGAGACCAUUCAGGAUGGAUGAUGCGCCUCAGAGACUCAUUAGACCAAAACAGAAGGUCGCAGAUUCAGAACUAGCUUGUGAACAGGCUCAUCAGUAUCUUGUUACCAAAGCAAAAACCAGAUGGUCAGACUUAUCUAAGAAUUUUAUAGAAACUGAUAAUGAGGGCAACGGCAUUCUUCGGCGGCGAGAUGUAAAGAACGCGCUCUAUGGUUUUGAUAUUCCCCUAACGCCGAGGGAAUUUGAAAAGCUCUGGAUGCGCUAUGACACCGAGGGAAGAGGGCAUAUUACUUACCAAGAAUUUUUACAGAAAUUGGGGAUUAACUACUCAGCAGACAUGCAUCAGCCCUACGCAGAAGACUACUUCAACUUCAUGGGUCAUUUCACGAAGCCCGAGCAGAUUCAGGAGGAGGUCAAGCAGCUGGAGCAGAGCGUGGACAGGGCCAUGCUGGUCAGGGAAAAGCUUAAGGACCAUUAUCAAGAUAUCAGCAAAGCCCUCACCAGACUAGACAAAUCCAGAAACGGCUACAUGUCCAUGGGCAGGAUGCACAAGGUGCUGCAGGAGUGCGGCUGCUCUCUCACGGAAGAGGAACUGACCGACCUUCUAAACAGUUGGGGAAUCAGCUGGCAUGACAACUCCUUCAAUUACCUUGACUUCUUGAAAGCGGUGGAGAGUAGCAAGCCAACAAGGCCUCAGCCAAAAGAAAAAGAGGAAAACACACCAGUCAAUUUCUCGACACUGGACCCAGAGGAGAUCGUCAAGAACAUCCAGGAAGUUGUUGCCUCCUCCGACGUGGCUUUGUCAACGGCGUUUUCUGCAUUGGAUAAAGAGGACACUGGGUUUGUAAAAGCUUCAGAUUUUGGACAAGUUCUUAAGGAUUUCUGUUACAAACUAACAGACAACCAGUAUCAUUAUUUUCUGAGAAAACUGAAAAUUCAUCUAACCCCCCUUAUAAAUUGGAAAUAUUUUCUCCAGAACUUCAGCUUCUUCUUUGAAGAGACUGCUGCUGAGUGGGCUGAGAAAAUGCCCAAAGGCCCGCCGUGUACGUUUCCCAAGGAAACGGCAAACCAGGAGCUGCUGGCUCGGCUGCACAAGGCGGUGGGCUCCCACUACCGCGCCAUUGCUCAGGAGUUCGAGAACUUCGACACCAUGAAAACGAACACCGCCUCCAGGGAUGAAUUUAGGGCCAUUUGCUCCCGCCACGUCCAGAUUCUGACAGAUGAGCAAUGUUUCCAGAAGCUCUGGGGGUACCACUGUGACCAUGCUGGUGACAUGUCCACCCCACCGGCUGGACACAGACCACCGUCUCUGAGGGCCUCCUGCCCAUCACAGAAGAGAUUCUCAGCAGUUUCCUCCUCAAAAACUGAAUGGUGCUCUUUUUAGCUCUGACAACCUGUUGCAUUGGCUUCUCUGCUCUCCGGGACGACCUUCCAAGGCCAAGAGCGCCUCCCAACAGGACGGCAUCCUGAGGGUCUGCCUUGCUUGCUGACAUCAGUCCGUAAUAUCCCUACAUGUCAGCAGCGCCCAGGGCUCGUUCCUCACUGGGGCCCAAACACCAAAAAAGAGCCCAGCAUAGAGCAGGUGCUCAGCAAGUCCUUGUGAAUGGAUGGUGUCGUGGCUUUGGUGUCCACAUUCUCCCACGCCACGGGCCAGUGGCCAAACAGCUGGGAUGACACAGAGCACCAGGGAUCCAAGCACGGAAGCAGAAUUCCCUCCCCAGCAGACAAUGCACUGCUCCGAGCACUCUCCACUGGUCGAACAAGCUGCCACCCUCAUCCGAGAGAAUAGCUCAGGUGGAAACUGAAAUCCAAAAUACUUCCAGAAGCAACCCCACCCCCGUGCUUCCUCUGACUCUGCUUUGGCUCAGCCCGGGUUCCUGGGUGGAAAGGUCACUCUCGGUUCCCAGGUUGGGUCACCCCACAAUGAGGCCUCAUUUUCUUGGGGCUUCAGGAUUCAUACAGCCAACCCCCUCCCCACUCAGGCUUCUGAACUCGCCACCCCCGGAAGGAAUUCAUUCAUAUUGAGUAAUAUGAACAUCGGAUUUCACUUUCCUAAAAUCCCACUUUUUUAAAGCGUUAUGAUCAUUUUUGUUAACAAAUGGAAGUGCUUCCCCCACCAACCGUACAGUCCCAGAGAUCAUCAAAGCUGAGCGAGAUCGCUAUUUGCAAAUACUUCUCUCCAUUACCAUAAAUGGAUAGAAAUCUUUAAAAUUAAUCCAGUUGCCUUUAUUAUUCUAUGGGGCCAACUAACAAAGGUUUUGCUAAUAAAGAUUUUUCAUUUCAUCUAAAUGAGCAAAAUUUUACUCUAAUUAUCGAUGUAAAUUAAUGACAUGCUGGCAUAUCCGGCGUGUGUGACAGAAUUGGAUUUGAAUUGUCCACUAAGAAAGCUUCCACCAUCCCCAGCACAUCCAGCCCCCCACCUCUCCAGCAAAAUCAAGCACUUAUUUUUAAAUGCUGUCUCUAAAAAUAUGCAGACACAUCUCAAAUAUAGACUGCAUCAUCGAGGCAUCAAAGUCUGGCGCAAGUACCAUGGUUUAAGUUGGGGAACGAUUAGCAAAAAUUGUGCUCUAUUUGGGAAGGAUGCUUCUGGAUACAGGCUGGCGAACAGGAAGCCAAAGCCAUAGAGAUGCACGUUUUCUCCUUGCAUGAGUCAUGUACCAGGACCUUCUUGGGUGGAUGGUACCGUCUCUGUAUGGGGAGACAGAGAAGUAAUUUGGCAGCCCUAAAUUGUCUGGACCUCGCUUGCCAU